AGAAAAACACAUGGAUUUGGGUAGUCUUGUCGGUCUAAAACCCUGGUUGUCGUCGGUUAUAUCUCGGCCACUUUUGUUCAGAUUAAAUGUUUAUUUGGGCUAAUGGGUCUUCGUUUAAUGCUGAUAUCAGUGUAUGAAAUGUUCUUGAUCUUGAAGCUGAUUGUUCGUUUAAUAGUCGUGUAAAGGAUAUUAAUUCAACUGGAACACUGGUUAGGUUCUUGUUGUUGAUCUGGAUAUCCUUUACCAGAGAGCUUGAUUGUGAUUACUCAUGUAGUAGUUUAUAAUUUUAUUUUUUUAAUUCUGAGUAUAACCCAUCUUUCUUGUUAUUGAUUCUUGAGAGCUUCUACUUCCUCUUUCUUGCCCCCUUGUUUACCUUUACCUUUUCUAUCUUUCAUGUUUUAUCAUUGAUCUGCUUUUGUUCCUAAAAAACCCGGGAGCAAGUUUCUUGGGAAGUCGAAAACAAGGUAAAAGAAGUGUAUUGGACCCAACCUGUGCUGCCCAGGUUGGAGAUGGAGGCAUUUUAUGUAUUUUAAUUGUCUCCGUGAAUUCUGAAAUUUACCCCGACUGUUGGUUCCAGAAUUAAGGAUUCUUUUUGGAAGGUUAAUGUAGUCAAUAUGUAAGAAGGCGUAAUGGAUCCGAGAAGUGGAAAUGUUUGUUGAAGAAAUUAAACAACAUGUUGAAUGCCUUCAAGGCUUAUAAAGCUUGUGUUCCAAUUGCAUGGAGUCCAAACCUAUACAUAACUUUGGUCAGGGGAAUACCAGGAACCAGGAAGCUGCAUAGACGUACACUAGAAGCAUUACGUUUACGGAAGUGCAAUCGUACUGUCAUGCGAUGGAACACUCCUACUGUUAGAGGAAUGCUUCAACAGGUUAAAAGAUUGGUUGUGAUCGAGACAGAAGAAAUGUACAAAGCUCGGAAACAAAAGAUUGCUGACCAUCAAGCUAUACGACCGCCACUUGUUGUAAACCAUUUUCCUAAGCCUGCAAAUGGUUCUUCCCAGCAAUCCAUGUAAUCUUAUAAAGUAAGCAUUCGGCUGCCAGAAUAAUAUUGUUUUCCAGUCAAAUCAGCAACUACAGUUCCAGUAUAGCUCGUGUGCUGUCUUUUGUGCAAAAAACUUUUUCCGACACUUCUUAUUUAAGAUGUUGUAGUGAUUUUGGAAGUCCUAUAUUUAUCCCAUUUCACACUUUUUAUCAAACAACGGAAUGUGGUUGUUGGAAUAGUUAAUAAAUGCAAGUUUUUAA